CUGGUGGGUCGUCCUACCCAUAGAUAGUGACGGAGAGCCAUGGGAUGACGUUGAAUUUUGACCGCCUACCUGUCUGGUCUUCUGUGUAUAAAUUAACGUCUGAACUGGUGACCCAUAGAAUAGAGUGGUGUCAAGAAGAAAACAAGGAUUGGCAUCCCAUUCAGAGAAACUUAGUUGAUUAGUAGUUUGCGACUUAGUUGAUUGAUUAAUUCGUUAAAUUCAAAUACGUCAAAACAAGCAGGAAAUGGAGUCUCUGUUUCUAGAUUAUUUAUUCAUUUUUCACGGCAGGCAAGGGUGGAAAUGCUCAUCAUAAGAUGGCACGUGCUAUCUGUGGUUUUUCCUAGUGUAUAAAGGAAGGACAUCUUUGCAGUUCAAGAAGAGUACUUCAUAGUCAAGCAUUUGGAAGGAAGUCAAUGCUUGGAGCUGCUGAAAGUGAAAAGACUUGUAUUUCAAAAAGAUGUUCAAUUUCUUCCGAAAAAACCAAGAUACCAAGAAGGUAUUGGUGACAGAAAAAGAAGCAGAUGGAUUUGUUUUUCUCGGCAAUACAGUGAAUGAAGAAAGCAAUGAGUCUUCAGGACCUGAGGGUGACCAGACUACACAGACAAAUUCAGAGAAUCAACCAAAGUUGCCUGAGGUGGGGACAGAGAAAAAUCAGAACAUGGAAAGCCAACCUUCUAUGUUGGAACUUCUCAGUGAUGUACCUUUCACGCUUGCACCACAUGUUCUGGCAGCGCAAGACGCAUGCAAUGACUUCCCCAGACCGUUGCUCUCCUAUGAUGUCAAUGACAACCUAACAAGGUUUUGGUACGAUUUUACGCUUGAAAAUUCUGUGCUGUGCGAAUCGUAGUUGUUGAAUCAAAUGUAUCUUGAUCACUUGAUGUAAAAUACCGAGGUGUUGUGUGCUACGUAGCUCAACUACUUUGUGACACAAUCUGAGUCAUUGUCUGGUUAAGCAUUGACAUUUUCCAUCCUCUGUGAUGUCCCUUACAAAGUUUGAAAGUACCUGUGCGAAACCUGGCAAUUCGGUUAUAAUCUACAGCUUGAACUCCUCGAGCAGAGUUCCUUUUAAUUCCAGAUAAGCUAUCCAGGUGUUGACAUUAGUUCAGGGCUUGCCUUUUCAAAGGGAGACAUUGCAUAUUACAAGAGCACUUUGAUUUAAUAAACGGGUAAGAAGUACAUGAUGGUGAAUAAACUGGCUCAUUUUGGGAGAACAGCCUUUAAGUUCUCUAACAUUAGGCACAACUUUGUAGAAACGUUGAACUGUGCCAGAUUCUAUUUUACCCCUUUUAUGAAAUACAGAAUUGUCUGCAUCCACAGCUCAGAAUGGGCUGCUGGUGUAGUUUUUGGGGUUUUCAUACUAUAUUUCCUUGGGACUCAGCAGUUUUUCAUUUGCUGUUUGUUUUCACCAGCACAUAUGUUUCUGGUUUAUAUCUUGAUCAGCUUUUCCAUUGCAAACCUCUGUACCCACUAGAGAGUGAAAUCUGGAUAUGUGUUUAUGUGCGCGCGCGCGCAUACACACACACACACACAAGUUUACCACUGAUCCUAUAAUUUAUAUGGGUCAAAUGUAAAAUUGAUGGGUUGCAGUGUUGGAAAAGAUCAAAUAGUUACAUGUUUAACUAUAUGAGGUAUCCUCUGACCCACAUAUUCAAUUCACAGGUCUUAUUGCUACUAAAGUUUAGCUGAACUUCCCUGUGCUCACUAUUGUAGUGUAUAUGAAUAAUUAUUGUGUGCAGGGUUCAUUUAUUUUCUUUUUACCAGGGAUUGAGUGGAAGAGGAUGCAUUUGUUCUGUGCCAAAAGCAAGUAUUUCAAAAGGAAUGUGCAACAUGGUUAUUUAAAAACAUGAUACACAUUUUUAAAAUUAAUAUUCUGUGACUGCCUUCCCCAACCUAGUACCACCCAGGUGGUUUUGACUACAAUUCCUAUCAGCCCUGACUUUCAGCCAUGCUGUCUGGAGGUUAUCAGGCUGGGGAAAGUUCCUCUGUGGGAUGAAUCUUCGAGAUUACAUUAGAUACACUUAACUCCCAUCAAAUUCACUGGGAUGCUAGUCAUGCCUUAGGUUCCAUUGACGUUAGGGGAACUUAUUCUGGAUCCACUGCUUUGCUUUUGUGUUACAGUAACAAAUGUUAAAUGUUUCCUUAAUGUCUAUGUGUUUUUUUUUCUUGAGAAAACUAUGUUAUAAAGUUUGACAGAUCUAGGUGUGCUGUAUAUUUGUAUGUGUGCAAUAAAAGCUAAUUAAAUGUGAUAUUCCUUUUGAAACUGGAAAAUAGUGUCCUUGCAUGUUCAGUUCUGUAGCCGUGUUUAAUCAGAUGUCACAGAAGGGACCAGACAUUGUUUUUAAUGAAUUAGAGAUUUAUUUAAUGGUAAAUGAGAGAUGACUUUCUAUUAAUUAACUUGAGUGAUAGCUUAGAAAAUCUAAUUUGCACUAAAUUCUGUAUGAUGUUGCAUGCAUAUCAGCAGAAGAACUAGAUUGUGAUCAUAUUCGAUGAUAUGAAUAAUUAUUUCUAAAGGAAGGAAUAAACAGUUUAAAUGAGGCUGUUAGAAUUUAUGUCUCUUGCAAAUUUGAUGGCAAGGGGCUCUCAAUCCCUGAUCAUCUAGGUUGUAUGUUGUACUGUUCGUUUUUGUUCUUUAUUUGACAUUAGCCAUUAUAUUUUCACUAGUCCAAAAGCAAUAUUGCCACUACUGUUGUCCCAUUUUACUCUGUUAAAAACUACUUUGCAGUAUAAUCUAAAAUAUACUUAAAAUUAGAUGUAACGUACAGUAUGAAACAUAAGCUAAUAUUUCAAAAUACUUUGCAUUAAAUAAAAGGCAGGCUGCAGGACAUACUUUUAUAUUUGGCAUUUCUUUUUUAUUGUAUGAUUAUUUUACGAUUCCUGAAAUAAUUUACAUCGAAGUAAGUUUCACAGUAUAUAUUUUUAUUGGGGCUCCAAUAAAACACACAAAAGUGUUACAAUGAAGGUAUUUGUGUUAAUAUUUUGAUUGUCUUUUUUAUUGUGUUGCUUGUUGUGAGCUACACUGGAGUGUAUUUCUUUGUUGGGGCAGGUGUUAAUAAAAUGAAAUAAAUCUAUACUAUUAAACUGUU